CCGCGACAGUUGAAUGAUGAAAAAUGUUAAAAAUUUCUGUAGCUUUAAUGGAAUUCAAACAGUAAAGGAGAUUGUUUGGGAGGAUUGGAUUCCUGGGAGAAGUUACACUAAAUUACUUAAACUGCAUAAUGUAGAUAAAUUAUCUAAAACGUGCACGUUUUCAAUUCCUAGUUGUGGGGUUUUCAGCAGUGUACAUCCAGAAAUAUUUAAGGUACCACCUGGAACAACCAUUUCAUUGCCAGUCACAUUUCGACCAACAAAACUGACAGAGUUAUGUCAAGAAAUAUCACUUAAUUUAUCGGUUGAUGGAUCGGUAAAAAUUGAACCAGUUAGCGGAAAUACCAGUUUUCAAGAGAAUACAAUAUUUUGUACAUUAUCAGAAGUUAUCACCAUUCCUGCACAGUCAAGUUCACGUAUCAGUUUUACUUAUACACCUAGAAUUCCAAAAACAUCUGAUGUGGGCUAUUUUAAAAUUAGCCAACUGAAUGGUUGUAAUGAAACGAUUGUGAAGUGUGUCGAUGUCAAUGUCCAACUUUCAACAAAUCAUUGUACCUUUCCAAUAACACAAGUUGAUGAAUUAAAAAGUCAUACAAUAUGCAUUACAAAUUAUACUGACUAUCCAACAGUCUAUGAAUUGAAAGCUGGUCAUUCACAGAUAUACAUGAACGAAAAUAAUGAAACGCGUCAGUUAAUCUCUACAGUAUUUCCAAUACUGAAAGGUUCAUGCAAUGGUGUUAUCAAGCCAAGAGAAACAAUUAAACUUGUCAUUGGAUUUUAUCCACAUAUACCUGGACAUUUUUAUCGUCGAUAUGUUUUAUUUGUGUGUGAUCAGGAACCGCAAUUUCUACAUUUACUUGGUACAUGUCAUGAUUUAUAUGAACGACCUCAUCAUCUUACAGUGAAACAUUUAGCAGCUGUAAAUUCUGAUCAUGAAAAGCUGACUGAUGAAACGAUGAAGUGUUCUGGAAAUCUGAAGGGCCACAAAAAUGGUUACGAAAUUUAUUCUGAAAUGAUGCAGUCAUCAGAAAUUAUGAUUAAUCCACCUUUAGUUUCAUUGAAUUGUUCAACAUGGAAUUUUACAUCAAAUUUAAAUUUACUGGCUGAAGCAAUAUCCUGUGCUGAACAAUUGAACAAAUCAAUAAAUCAAGGUUUAGAAAUAAAUACUGACCACCUGGCUAUUAGAAAUACUUUAAUUGUACAAAAUCAUACAAAUGAUGCGCUAAUAAUUCAUUGGUCACCAAGUAGACAUUUACCAGGUGAAACAAGUCAUCAAAUGAAUUCAAAUAAACAAACUAUUGACAAAGUAGUUAGUGUCUUCAAAAUUGAACCAAUCUGCAAAGAAUUAGCACCGAAUAGUUCAACAGAAUUUACUAUACUUUUUACUCCUGCUAAUCUCUGUCAGUAUUAUCAUCAGGAAUUUGAAGGAUAUGCAAUGUAUAAAAAACAACGGGACAGUAGUUUGUUGAGUUUAGAAUUAAUAAAACCGCCACACUGUUUAAUGGUCAAUUGCUUCGGUCAUACAUUUCCUAACAAUAAACAACCAUUUAUGCCUUCUUAUGAAGUUAGUAAACCAAAAAUUAUAUUCGACUCUAUUGAAUAUUGUGAAAAUAAGUACGACUCAGUGUCUGUCUACAAUAAAAGUGAAUAUCCGCUAUUUUUACAACAUACUGAUUGUAUACAGUUUUUCAAUUCUGACAAUAUUAGCAAGGAAAUACUAAAUAUUCGUCUUAUCCCAUCAGUAUCACUAAUUCCACCCAAUGCAUAUAAAGUGAUAGUUUUCCAGUGUGAAGUGUAUUUAUCGCUAACUGAGAUUCAACAGAAAAUGUCUCUUAGAAAGAAUGAAAUAAAUCUAAAAGCCUUGGAGCUUAUAUCAAUGAAUCAGCGACCAGAAUAUGAAUUGAAAAUGCCUAUAGACAUAAAUUUGACUACAGCUGUUGUCGAUUUGGAUUGUAAUGGAGAGCUUUACUUUAUACCGACUCAUGUUGGAUCACACACAGAAAAAGAAUUUAAGAUCACAAAUGCUUCACCAUAUGAAAUUGAAUUUCGUUGGGAGAUUACUUCAGAUGAUCGAAAUGAAAUUGGAGUCAAUCCAAACAAAGGUAUUUUAUUACCAUAUGAGAUACAGUCACAAAUCUGGUCGUUUCAUCCAAAACAAAUCACUAGCCGCAUCUUUAAACCACGUCUUAUUUACUGGAGAUCGAGUGAAUCAAAUCACCGUGAACAAAGUGAAGUGAAGCAACAAAAUCUACGUGUAAUCACCAUGUCGGAUAGAAUUCAACUGUCUGCAGAUCCGCAAACAAUUACCUGUCAAUCGAUAUUAGUAAACACAUCGGAAAAGUAUCAAAUUAAGUUUCAUAAUUCUAGUUUGGUUUCGUCUAAUUUCUGUAUAAUAAUUAAACCAAUCACAAGUGAUCAUGAAAACAUUUCAGCACUGAAUGAUUUUAUAACUGUUGACCCUAUGGAUAACAAGAUAAGUGGACGUUCAACUAAGACGGUUACAAUUCAUAUCUGUCCAAAGGCUAGAGGGAGUUUUUGUUUUCAGGUAUAUUAUCGUUUAUAUACUAUUGGGAAUAAUGAUCAAAUAUCACAACAACAGGAGGAUACAAUGGUGAUGAAAGCAGAUACUAAACGUAAAUACUUAACUGAAGAAGUAUUAGCAGUGACUAUAUUUGUUGAAGCUGUUUAUCCAACUUUACGAAUUACCGAUAUUCAUGGAUCAGGAAGUCUGAGCAGAAUUAGUCCUGUUGAAUUGUGGAGAAGUUUAGACAUCGACAGUUUGAACAUUAGUUUAGAAAAUGAUCCAACAGAAAAUGAACUAAAGGAUACAAUCAAUACUCGUCCAUUAUAUCGAGAUCAUCCAAAAGCAAUGAAUACACGUGGACCAGAGUUUGACUUACUCAUUGGAACAUCAACUGUCAAAAAAAUUGAUGAUGAAAUCAAUCCUAGUAAAGCAGUGUUAUGUUUACUUGUGGAAAAUUCAAGUCUAAUUGAUGUGGAAUUCGCCUUUCUAUUCCCUGAGGACUUACGUGUUGAAUUACCUUCAUGGGCUGAAAAUGGACAUUAUGAGGAUAUUGAACUUCAAUUUAUGCAUAUUGAAAAUCAUUCAUUGUUUGAAAUUCAUCCAAAACGGCAAUUAUUGAAACCUGGUGAAUAUUGUGAAAUUAUGAUCACAUACAAGCAUAACUUAUUGGGAUGUCAUCAAUUACCAGUGCUGCUGAAAAUUAAUCGUGGUCGAGAAGUUAAGUUAAACCUGAUUGGAAUUACUCUGCCUUCAAGUCAACCAUAUCUACAGCUUUCAGAUCGUAAAUAUGUAUUUGCUCCGAUUCCAGUUGGCCUAGGAGACUUUCGGCUAGGAUAUUUAUUUCAAAUGAAGCUAAGAAAUCCCAGUUCAAGGCCAAUACACUUUCGUGUUAGUCAUCUUGAAUGGACAGCUGACAGCAAGACAAGCAAUACAAGUGUAGUAAAACAAGAAAUGUGUAACAAGUACCUUGAAUAUGAUAUACCAAUAUUACAUUGUGUACAAAAUCAAGGUCUGAUUGAGCCGAAUGGAUUGUAUACGUUGAAUUGGCGAUUUCAGCCUAUAGAGGCGAAGACAUACAGUGCCUAUUGUUAUAUUCAUAUUACUGAUGCUGAAAAGACCCUUGUUGAAGAUACUGAUCGACAAGCGUAUUCAGACACCAUCCUAUUAGAAUUGAUCGCUAUCGGUUAUGAUCCACAACAGUUUGGACCGAAAGAAGUAUUGGCUAAUCCACAACGCGUUCGAAUUCCAACUGCAAUUGAGAAUCAUAUAAUCCCUACUGAUCGCAGGUCGAAUUCAUUGAGUAAAUUCAAUGGAGAUGAAGAUCAUAGUAAUAAUGAUCUAACAUUUCGAAAUUUCCCUCCACUUUCACGUCGUAUCAAACAACCAAUAGAUUCAUGGGUUAGCCUGUCACAUCAUCUACUUGAUUUGCAACGGAUUGUUGUGGGUACACGUUGUCGACGUUUAAUUCAUAUGACAAAUAGAUUUUCUAUUGAUAAUAAUGCUCAAAUCAGUCGUUUACCUGUUAUUAAUCGUUCUGUCUAUCGAUUCCGAUGGUUUACAGAGUUUUCUGAAGAUAUGGAGAACAUCAUCAUUACGCCAAGAUUAGGUCGGAUUAAACCUGGUCAAACAAUUCAAGUGCUUAUCACCUAUACAGCCACUGGGUUACCCAGUUUUACAGAGACGAAUUUAAUAUGUGAAUUAAUAGAUGAAAGUGAAGAAAACAAAUAUUAUCAAGAAAUGAAAGCUUGGCAGUCUGAACUAGACAGAUUAAAAGUUGAAUUUACAAUUACAGAGAAAGAUAUACUAUUAGCUAAUACAAUGAAUGAAAUUAGUAAAACGAAAUCAGGAAGAGCGAAUUUACUACCCUCUGAAUCAAGUGAAGUAGAUAUAGAGAAAUUCUGUCAAAAAUGGCCAAAACCAAUAUGCAGUAAACCAGCCUAUGUUUAUUUAACAAUAAAUGCUGAAAUUAUUAACGAGGAGGCAGCAAAAGUUUAUGGUAUAAAUAGUAAUGAAGAGGAGAAGACUAAAUUCACAGAUUAUACAAUCUUUUUAAACUCUAAUCAUUCAGCAGCAAAAUCAUUAAGUUUGUCCCGCGUAGAAGAUGCUGUUUGGCAGGUGCAUCGACAAUUAUUCAUUGAUUUAUUAACAUCUCUACUAGCUGAUCUAAUCUACAAUGAUGAAUUUGUACAAACCAUACAAAAGGUUGUCGUACCACCUGACACUGUAAUCGAUAAAACAGACAGACAGUGUGAUAAUAAUCAAUCCUUGGAUGAUCCAAUCCCGUUAUGGAUGCAAAUAAAAACUGAUAACUGUUGUAGAAUAAAUGACACAGAAGGUGAACAUGAAUCACUUGAUAACAGACAAAAGAACAGGAGGAAUGAAGGUGACUUGCAAUUACAAGAUUUGAUACCUGAAAUAGUUAAAGAGUUGAACAAUAAACAAGAUAUGAAAAGUAUGUAUGAAGAGAAUGCAGAUAAUAUGUGUAUGCAGAACCCAGUAUUUCAGUCAAUUGUUGAAGACUGUCUAGCUGGUAUAAUUCGUAACAUAAUGGAUGAAGUAAAUGAACGUGAAUUUGAAAUAACUACAAGACCGAGAAUAAUUGCUCUACCGCCAAGAAGAACAGAAUAA